CCUGGAAGUUGAAAAGAGGGAUAUUGCUAAUGCUGUUGAACAUGGAAUGAGAGCUUUGGAGGAAUUGGUUAAAAUUAAGGAACCACUGUUGUAUAAACUAGGACUUUUCUUGGGAAACAACGAUCCGGCAGCAAAAGUUGCAAAUUUUGGGAAACCGAGCAGCUCAAAAGCGGUUUAUCUGUCCCAAAUUGGAUACGCAACCUUAGAAGCCAGUAAAAAGAUAUCAGAAGAUAAUCGUAGAAAUGUCGGGCGCCAACCUGCAGGGAUACCCGUCCAGGUCCAAUCGAAGGUGGAUCUUGAUGAAUGUCCACUUAGAGGACGCCCUAGAUGUUCGCCAGCUUCUCUUAGAUUUAGAACUGCAGAUGGUACCUGUAACAAUUUGCAACAUCCAUGGAUAGGAUCGGCAAUGCUGCCUAUGCAAAGAUUCCUGCCUCCAGUUUACGAAGAUGGCAUCCAAAGUAUAAGACGUGGCAUUUUCGGUGCCAAAUUACCAUCGCCUCGAGCCAUUAGCACGAUUAUUCAUAGAGACGAAGAUCGGGAAAUUCACUCAGUUACAUUAAUGUUUAUGCAAUGGGGACAGUUUAUUGAUCAUGAUAUAACUUCUACAGUUAAAUCUCGAGGUUUUAAUGGCUCGAUUCCAAAAUGUUGUGAAGAUGGUGGCCACAAAUCAUUGCCUAGAGAAUUUCUGCAUCCAUCAUGCUUGCCAAUUGAAGUGCCUCGAAAUGAUCCGUUUCUGAGUCGCUUCAAUAUUGGUUGCAUGGAAUUCAUCCGAAGUGCACCAUCAACAAGAAUUGAAUGCGAGUUAGGAUGGCGUGAGCAAAUAAAUCAAGUAACACCUUACAUUGAUGGUUCUACGAUUUAUGGUAGUGAUGUGGAUGCAGCUGACUCGGUCAGAACAUUUAGGAAUGGCAAAAUAUUUUAUGGUAAUUCAAAUCAGAACCACGGCAAGGAAGAUGAGAUUUGCACAUCAGGAGCUCUCUCAGAAGACUGUGUGCAGCCCGGCGAUCAUCGAUUUAACGAAAAUCCCGGGCUAGUAGCCAUGCAUACCGUUUUUGUGCGAUACCACAAUAAAAUAGCUUCAAUACUCUCCAGAAUUAAUCCACACUGGAGCGAUGAACGAACAUACCAAGAGACUAGACGCAUUGUGUAUUCUGUUAUCCAGCAUGUGACAUAUAGAGAAUAUUUGCCGGUGGUAUUGGGACCUGAAGUAAUGGACCUAUUCGGUCUGAGACUUUUGAAAAAAGGUUUCUACAACAGCUACAAUCCAAGGAUUAACCCGGCAGUUGCAAAUUCCUUUAGUACCGCAGCAUUUCGAUUCGGCCACAGCUUGGUUCAAAACUCUUUUAUCCGAAGCGACAGCCACCACAUCCCUCUAUUUAACAAUGUUUCCCUCCACGAAGAAAGUGCCAACAUGGAAAAUAUUUGGAGUCCUGGAUCGCUGGACCGUUUACUAUUGGGCUUUGCAAAUCAACCGUCCCAAAAACGGGAUGAGUUUGUAGCAAAUGAAUUAACCAAUCAUCUGUUCCAAUUUUCGUCUCCUUUCGGAAUGGAUUUGGUCUCAGUCAAUUUACAGCGGGGCAGAGAUCAUGGGAUUCCACCUUAUACGUUCUUCCGGGAACCUUGCGGAUUAUCGCCGAUAAAAAAUUGGCGCGAUUUACAAGAAGUAAUGAAUAUCAACGUGGUUUUUAGACUGAAGAGCUUAUACAGCCAUGUGGAUGAUUUGGACCUUUUCACAGCAGGACUGGCUGAGAAACCUCUAAAAGGAGGCGUGGUUGGUCCAACAUUUGCUUGCAUAAUAGCACAGCAGUUUGCCAAUUUGCGCAAAGGGGACCGAUUUUGGCAUGAGAACGGUGAUGUUGAGUCUUCAUUAUCUCCAGCACAGUUGCAACAGAUAAGGAAAACGUCACUAUCUCAGAUUAUAUGCCAAACUAUGAAUGAAGUGGAAACUAUCCAACCGUUUCCGUUUCUGUCAGCGGAUAAUUCCCGAAAUGCUAGGGUUUCAUGCGAUAAUCCUGAAAUUAGAAAUUUCGAUUUGGCCCCAUGGACUGAAACAUCUUUCGAAUUGAAUAACAUUGACGAUGAUGUUGAAGAUUCUUUCGAGUCGGAACGAUCCCAUAAAAGUGGGAGGAAAUUGGACUUAGUGACAACUGUAAGUGACGAAAGUAUUACUGGACUACCAACUAGACGGGAAUUUAGAUUUAAACGGAGUACUAAGACUGACAGACAUAGAAUGAAAGACACUACUGCAAAACCUCGAAGAACUACUAUUAAGAAGCUAGACAAGGUAAAAACAACUGUACGUACACCAACUGGGACUGACAAAAGCACAUCAGCUGAGUGGAAAUAUGGGAAUUUUAACAACUUACCGAUCAGACCAACCUUUGGCCAGUCUUCAACUACUCGUCCAAGCACGAUACCUGGAAACUACUACCAGAUACAGGACAGUGAUCACAAUGACGUUACAUAUCUUUUAGGAUUAGUACCGGGAAGACCUACAAAACCACCCGCAAACCCUUCAGUGCAACUUAACAUUAACAUACAUUAUAUUCCUCAAUCAACGACAUCAAACCCUAUUUACGUCUACAAUAAAAAGAAGCGACCAGGCAGCACAUCAACUAACUACGUUACUACAAGACCUACCUUGACCCACACUCAUACACCAAGCCCAUCGUACGAAGAAAAUAACUUUAUUCUAAUUACUAACCGACCUGCUACUUCAACAAGACGACCUGCGACUACGCAACAUCCUGAUGACACCAGCUAUCCCACCUUCGACUACAAGCCGGCGUACGACAAACCUUACACUUAUUUACAUCAGACUGUAAAACCCACAUAUUUCCUCAAUAACAUGGAAUAUGCAACGACCAAUGGACUCAAACGACCCAACAGUAAUGGACUUGGAAUUGCCUCUAAUAGUCAUAGACCACGACCGUCUUUAGAGUUCACUCAGUUAUCAAACUCUGGGCAGACUAGCACAUAUUACAAUGAAGAUCACGCACACUAUACACCAGACAACGAUAAAGAGCCAGUAUAUAUUUCCAGUGGCACAAACUAUUAUAGACCGACUGUCUUUGAGAACAUACCAUUUUCUUCUUCUAACAUACCAUCGUAUCCCAAUUCGUACCACAGUUUUGAAACGAAAAAGCCCAAUUAUCAAAGUACAUUUGAAGAUUAUGACGAAAGUGUGAUCGUGGGUGGUAACAAUAACAGAGACGAAACUUCUCCAUCAGAUGAUAUUUCAAAUGAGUUCUUUGAUAGGUAUGACCAGGACGUAAAAGAUACUAAUCGGGCUUCGGCUAUUGAUUUAAAACCAGGAGUUGUUAUUAGCGACAAACUGGAUUUUAAAUCGCGGAUUCUCGAUCAAAGCGUGAACAGUGAAAACCCCACAGACGCAAAGAAGUUUAUAAAAUUAGGAGUUGUCAAGAAGGUGGAGAGCUUGGCGCGAGUUGGAAAUGAUCCAAUCAAAGGAUCCAGCCGGAGGUUGAAAAGAGUGCGAGUUUUAGAUGUUGACGUAACACCAAGUGAAUCCAGUGGUCAGUGGAAAUUCUUCAAUAGCACGGAGGAAGAUCCAUCUACUAGAGAAGUUCCCGAACUCCCCAUGAACGUUCCUUGUUCGUUCGAAGUUCCGAAACCAAUGAUAUCUUGACCGACAAAAUCUAACUAGGUAGGGCCUCCAUAAAUAUACUAUACUGACUGCUAAUAAGAGUAGAGACUGUAAAAAUGGACAAACGCAAAAUAAUACUGGACACUACAUAAUACUCACCGACAAACUGACUGACUACAAAUACAUAGUUUCAAGGUGACUAAGAUUUACAUUUUGUAAUGAAUGUUCAUCUAUUGGACGAUUGAUUUGUGUGAUUUUUGCAUAUUGUAUAUGCUCUAUUAGGGUAAUUUUUGUUUAAAUUACAUUUAAUGUUAUUUAUAGUUAGUUUAUUAAAUAAGUGCGAUAAUUAAAUAAGUGCAAACUGGGGCAAUAUUGACGCAAAGUUCUUGAUUUGUGUGACUUCAUUUCGCCAAUGUCCCCUGAAUUUUACUGAUUUCAAUAGUACUGAAGAUUUCUUACGAUAAACUCUGUUGCAUAUUACUAAUUUGCUAUCAUUGUUUGCACACGAUGACCUCAAAUAUACUACAACUUUACAAUUGACUUGACAACGAAAUUCUAGAAUUAAUCAGGGCGUAUAGAUAAAUCCGUGUGAAAUUAUUGAAACUGACUACUCGUAAUUAAACGAACGCAAAAGAAAAACAGUGCGUACUAUACAAAACAAAGUCGACAUUAAAAUCGAAAAAUAUCGCAACUUAACCACCCACAAAAAAAUAACAUCAGACUGACCAGACUUCGAAAACUAGACACAGAAAAAAUGUAAACCACAAACUUAAACAUGACUGACAACAUUUAUUAGUUGCUAAUCUACAAAUGUAUACGGCAAAGGAAUGAGACUUAGAAUAAGGACAUAUUUUCAGUUCGUAAUUACUGAUAAUUUCCACAGACUUUACCGAACUCUACCCACUUAAAACAUUUGUAUUCUACUUCCGAAUUGACAAAUCAAAUCACCUUUACAAGAACACUAAACUUUUGACCUGAUUUGUGUGACUAAAUAUAAAUAUAAUAUAAUUGCAUUUAAAGAUGAUCGCAAUCUAUUUCAAAUGGACCAACUUACAGAUAGACUCUUUCAAUACAUUGUCCCACACGGAUGAACAUUAAUUUCAUUACCAUAAUUAAAUGACGAAUAUAAAACAUUUAGUCAACAUACGACAUUUAUUUCACUAGACUUUACUGACAUAUUGGUGCAUAGACUGGACAGAGACUAAUGCAAGUUUACUAAAAUUUGCCGACAUUGAAUAAUUGGACGAUUUAACUGCACGACUUGACCAUGAGUUCUCCUAUUUUUGACCAGAAAUUUUGUUAUUUUGCUGUUUACGCAAGAUUACUCAAGAACGAAACAGCUUUGACACAAUUUUCCUUUGUCACAGACCAAACAGCCUACGGACAGACAUAAAUUGAAUCCUCAGGGUAUACCUGCAACUGACAUGUUACAAAACACGAUAUCAUUGCUAAACGAUUUUUUGUCGUCGUUGGAAGUUGAAGAGAACAAUGCAAUUAAAACUGAAAAAAAAAACACAUGUGAAUAAAUUGAAUAUAUUCGCAAAUAUGCCUCGAUUAACCCGGAAAUAGAAUUAAUUACCGCCUUCAUUUGAGUCCCUUCCUAUAGACAAUCGAAGGGCUUGAUAAAACCCACCGAAUUUUGAGAUUAUUUCUCCGUUUUUUUUUAGUAAAUGAUUAACCUAAUUGGCCUUGUUCUGUUCAUACAUGCAACAAAUAUUAAUUUACUAGACUUAAAUAUGACUAGACCAGACAUAGAUAGAACAAUACAAACUUAAAAGUAUUAGGACACACAGACACACAUUUUUACUUAAAUCUUCAAUGCGUAAAACUAUACAAUGUAGAAUGCGUAUAGUUUUAGAUUAAUUUAUAUCUAACAUGUAAUUAUGCCUAUUUGCCAUUUCAUAUUUGCGUACUAUUUCGAAAGGUAUUUAAAUGUAUUCGCUUGAUUAUUAAUUUUUAUUGCUUAAAGCCUGACUUCGUAAAACGUCUAAAAGGUAACCUUUUAUGUGUACAUAUAUAUUGUUACUAUUUUAGAAAACCAGCUAUACUGCUGCCAAUUUGAGUGAUACAUACCUAUGUUUAUGCAUUACAUAUUUAAUUUAUUA